CUGGAGACCAACCAUGGCAGCAUUGCUCCCGAUUAGCACGAGAAUCUGCAGCUCCACUAUAAAUGCACUGCAAGAGUGCACACAAUGGGGUCAUCGACCUUCUCAUCUCCACAAUGCUUGGUCACACCAUCUCCCUUCUCCGACACAAGUGGUGCUGCUCUCUGGAGACCAACCAUGGCAGCAUUGCUCCCGUAAGCUUCACCUCUAAGCUCCAGUACCCAAAGCAGCAGCAGCUGUUGGUGCCCAACAAUGGUGGAGUGAUGAGCACCACAAGUUUCAGCUCUACGAUCCAAUAUCCAAAGCAGCUGCUGUUGGUGCCCAAUGAUCAUGAAGAACUUUUAUAUCUUCAACACAAGAAGAACUUAAUGGAAGCUAGAAGCUUAUUUUAUGAGUCGAAAACCCAAUUAGAUGUGAUGUUAGCAAUCGAUUUGCUACAAAAACUAGACAUUGACUAUCAUUUUACUGAUGAGAUCGAUGCGGCUAUUGAAUCCUUAUACAACAAACGAUCUAAUAUACUUGGUGGAGAAACAAAUAAUUUUGUCAAUAUUACUCUUUUAUUUCGACUACUAAGACAAGCUCGAUAUCCUAUAUCCUCCUAUGUCUUCCACAGGUUCUUGGAUGACGAUGGAGAAUUCAUGACAUCUCUUACCGAAAAGAUUGAUGGAAUGAUAAGUUUAUUCGAAGCAUCAAAUUUGAAUACAGGCGAAAACAUACUUCAUAAAGCCAACAUAUUUGCUACCGAUUACCUUAAGUCCUCAAUGACAUACAUGGAACCUGAUUCUGUCAAAUGCAUUCAACAGACAUUAGAUCAUCCAUACCAUAUGAGUUUGCAGAGAUAUAAAGCAAGACAAUAUCUUAACCAUCAGCGCGGAGAAGAAGGAAGGAAAGGGGUUAUUCAAGAGCUCGCGAGGACCGAUUUCGUUUUGAUUCAGUCAUUGCAUCGAAAGGAAUUGAACGAGAUUACAUGCUGGUGGAAGAACUUGGGAUUAGCACAAGAACUAAGAUUUGCCCGAGAUCAAUCGUUGAAAUGGUACACAUGGUCGAUGACAAUUCUUCCGAAUCCCAAAUUCUCAAAGUAUCGAAUAGCAUUGACGAAAGUAAUUUCGUUUAUUUAUCUUCUCGACGACAUAUAUGAUGUACAUGGAUCACUGGAUGAACUCCACCUCUUCACAAAGGCCAUCGAUGAAUGGGAGAUUUCGGCCAUUGAUUCACUUCCUUUCUACAUGAGAAUAUGCUACAUGGCACUGUACAACACCACCGAUGAGAUCACACAAAUGGUGUUCAAGGAGCAUGGAUGGAAUCCAAUCAACUCUUUGACAAAAUCGUGGAUAGCGUUAUGCAAUGCAUUUAUGGUGGAAGCGAAAUGGUUUGCACAUAGCCGUGUUCCGAUGGCUGAUGACUACAUGAGAAACGGCACGAUUAGCUGCGGUGUGCCGGUGGUUUUGAUACACAUAUUCUUUCUUUUAGGACAAGGUUUAACACAUGACAACGUGAAUCUUAUAGAGAGUUAUCCGAAGCUAAUAUCUUCUCCUGCGAAAAUUCUUCGACUUUGGGAUGAUCUAGGAAGUGCCAAGGAUGAGAACCAAGAUGGAUUCGAUGGGUCGUACUUGGAAUGCUUCAUGAAGGAGAACCCUUAUUGCUCGGGGCAAGGUGCUCGAGAUCAUGUGAUGCUAAUGAUAUCUAAAGCAUGGGAGGAGCUCAAUAAGGAGUGCUUCUUCUCUUCAAGCUCCUUCUCUCAAGAUUUCGUCAUGGCAUGCCUAAACAUGGCACGGAUGGUGAAAGUGAUGUAUAGUUACGAUGACGAGCAGAAGCUCCCUUUGCUUGAGGAGUACAUAAAUCUGUUGCUUGUUGGAAAGGUUUAGGAUGUUAAUUAUGGAAUGUAAAUCCUAUUUUGAAGUUCUAAACCAAAGCUUGAGAGUGUCGAGUA